AUCACAAGUCUGCGCUCUCGACGCACGUCCACAACCGUGUUAAAUCGACCGAGUGUAAAAGUAGUCAACCAUGGCCGGUCACCCUUCCAAGUGCUCGCUACACACUUUGAACGCGUUAUACAUGAUAUUCGCCCUCGCUCUAGUCGCCGGCGCAAUUUGGUUCUUCGUCGAAGUUACCGAAUUCACAAAUUUAAGAAACAGCAAUCAUUAUUUGUUGGACUAUAAUGUGUACUGGCCACAGGCGACGCCGUGGAUAUUUAUAGUGGUCGGUGUAAUGGCUGUUUGUGUAUCAUGCUGCGGAUUCUCUGGUGUGAGGAAGGAGAAAAAGGGAUUGCUCACAGUCUACAACGUAUUCCAAGGUAUCACGAUUAUUCUCCUAAUCGCUGCGGCAAUCAUCGCCCUUGUGUUCGCUGACAGCAAAGCGACAGACGAUUUCAUCAACGACACCGUGUGGGAUGCGUACUUCCAAUCGAAAUCCGAAAAAAACGUCGAAGCUGCCUUCUCCAUCAUCGAGCGACGCCUCCACUGCUGCGGGUCUGAAAGUCCCCGAGACUACAAGAACUGGAAAAAUGAAUUUCCACCUUCCUGCUGCGAUACUUACUACCACGGAUGGAUCGGACAAUACGUUCUGGAUUGCGACUUCACAAACAAACUGGCCAACGAGAGACAUGGAUGUGUACAGGUGGCGACACAGUACUCGAGGAUCUUCAUCAAAGUUUUGUCUGCUGUGUCGAUAUUCACGGCUCUGCUAGGCUCCGUCGCCUUGGUGCUGUGCGCACUGUACACGAAGGCGUUGCGUCCGAAACCAAGGGUGAUUAAUCGAGUGGAAACCGAGAGCAACAAAGGCCUCUUGUAAAUGAAACUGUAAAGUUCCUUAAGGCAUAAUUGUGUUUUCACGGGAGUCCAUUUACACAUGUAAGUAACGCUUAUCUCGUGUUGUGAGACCGUACCGUCACCAGAACAAAAAUUCAAGUUAGUUAAGUGUGUGAUUAUACAGAAAUGUGAUAAUUUAUUUUGUAAUCUCAGUUUUGUAUGUGUCACCAAUUUUGUAACUGUUCUCUUUGAUACUUUGCAGUAGAGGCAGUUUCAAAAUACGCUGCACAUUAAAAGCUACUAAAGUUCUUGUAAGGUGCGACUCUACCUCGGUGUAACUUUUCAAACAUGUAAAACCUGUUUUUUAAGAAAAAUACAACCAGUAGUAUUUGUGUGCUUAAAUUGACAAUAAUCAUAUAACACACGUAUAUGUGAGCGCACAGCAGCUUUCAACAAUGUCGUUGUAAGUUUUUCCUUUCUCGUUUGUAGAGAGUGACUAACUAAACAACGCUUGCGUAACUAUGGGUCCGAAACACGCGUAGAAAAUGUGAUAAUUUGCAGAAUAUCACAAAACAAAAUGUCACAUGGUCUCAUUGGGACGAGGGGAAGGAAAGCGGAGUGAAGGGUGUGUGGUAUUGUAUGGAGAUUUUAGUUCCGCAUUUUCGUAGCCUUGUGGAUCUAUGUACUAUUGUCCUUGUCCCUUGUGUUUGUAACUACUGUAUUUUUCAACGACUGUGCGCGUUUGAUAUACUGUACUGUGUUCCUUACAAAGUAAAACGUUGGUUUAUGGUACAAAUUAAUGCAUUUUAAAUGUAAACGAGUCAUGUGUACACUUUGUAUGAUUUUCGCAAAACCAUUUAGCCUUUAGUUCCUUGUUUAUAUCAACAGUAUUUAAAUCUGCGCUAACGAUGAUGUAACUACCUAAAAAGUUUUGUGUGUCAUAGACACCUAGAUUGUAAAAAAGUCGUAACUUUAUGAACUAGCGCCAUCUAGUGUGUACGUUGUUGACAAUGUUAUCUUCAAUCUAUUUUGUAUAGAGUUUUGGUGUUUGUCCAGAAGGACUUUUGUCCAUCCGUAUUGUAGCCUUGAUUUGUAUGUAAUUGGGGUAUCUUGAUAAUGUUUUAUGGUGCGCAUAUGUGCGUCCAAUAUUAUGAGCAAAGUCCUGAAUCUGUAGUUAAGCUCUACGAUAUGGUGUCAUUGUGUGAAUUUUGUGUACCUGUUCUAAUUUUAAUUCUUAUUAUAAGUGACUGACUGAGUAAAAUGUAAUAAUAUAUUAAAAUCUGACAAAA